AUGACGUCAGCAAUGGAAGAAGUUUUCAUCGUAUCGGCCGCCAGAACUCCGAUCGGCAAUUUCAUGGGAACACUCGCCUCGCUUAGCGCCGCUGAUCUUGGCGCCGUGGCAGUAAAGGGAGUGCUGGAGCGUGCCGGUGUCGGUCCAGCUGAUGUCAGUGAAGUCAUCCUUGGUCAAGCUCUAACCGCCGGGCAGGGACAGAAUCCAGCCCGUCAAGCCUCCAUGAAGGCUGGUGUACCGAAGGAAGUACCAGCAUACAACAUCAAUAUGCUGUGUGGGUCAGGCCUUAAAACGGUCGCCCUCGGUUAUCAAGCGAUACGUGUCGGCGAUGCUAGCGUGGUUGUUGCCGGUGGCCAAGAGUCGAUGUCAAAGUCGCCGCACGUCAUUCAUCUGCGCGGUGGUACUAAAAUGGGUGAAGCUAAGAUGGUCGAUUCGAUGCUGAACGAUGGCCUAACGGAUGCGUUCCAUGACCUUCAUAUGGGUAUUACUGCGGAAAACCUUGCCACAGAGUACAGCAUCAGCCGGGCGGAGCAGGAUGCUUUCGCUGCCAAGAGCCAGCAGCUGGCGCAAGAAUCGCAACAGAAAGGAUACUUCACGGAGGAGAUUGUACCGGUAGAGGUUCCGGGACGCAAAGAAACGAUCAAGUUUGCUGUGGAUGAAUACCCGAAGCAUGGUACCAAGGUGGAAGAUUUGGCCAAGUUGCGACCGUGCUUCGUCAAGGACGGUACAGUAACACCGGGUAACGCGUCCGGCAUUAACGAUUCAGCUGCAGCUGUACUGCUGAUGUCCGAGACCGAGGUCAAGAAGCGAAGCGCUAAACCACUGGCAAAGAUCGUAGCUUAUGCACAGACUGGAAUUUGUCCCAAGACGAUGGGUGCUGGACCGAUAUCAGCGGUGCAAGCUGUGUUGCAAAAAGCCGGUUGGAAGAUGGAUGACGUCGAUCUGUUCGAACUGAACGAAGCAUUCGCCGCUCAAGCACUGGCCGUAAACAAGGGUCUUGGUGUUGAUCCGGCGAAGGUGAACGUUGGCGGUGGAGCCAUCGCUCUUGGCCAUCCAAUUGGAGCAUCCGGUUGCCGUGUGCUUGUAACGCUUCUUUACGCGCUGAAGCGAACAGGCGGCAAAAAGGGAAUUGCAUCGCUAUGCGUCGGUGGUGGCAUGGGUGUCGCGUUGGCCGUGGAGCUGGUGUAA